AUGGCCACAGACAGGAGUCAACUUUGUGGUCGUCGAGUUGCCGUUUUUGGUACUGGUUCAUCAGGCGUUCAAGUGAUUCCGGUUAUCGCUCAGCAAGCCAAGCAUCUUUUUGUAUUUCAAAGAACGGCAACUUUUACCGUUCCAGCACAAAACAAACCACUCGAACCAGUAUAUGAGCAAUGGUGGAAAUCGAAUUAUGCUGAACAUCGAAAACAGAUGCUCGAAACGAUUAUCGGCUGUUUGGCUCCAGACACAAGAAAUUGUUCAGCAAUGUCAGUGACAUCCGACGAACGAUUGCAAGAAUAUGAAAAACAGUGGCAAAAAGGAAGACUCAAUUUUCUAGGCGCAUUUAACGAUCUAGUUCUCAAUCAAGAAGCUAAUGAUACGGCAGCUGAAUUUCUACGCAUAAAAAUUCGUGAAAUUGUUAAAGAUCCAGCUGUUGUCGAAAAAUUACUUCCAUAUGGUUUUCCACUCGGUGCGAAACGUCUUUGCCUCGAUACCGAUUAUUUCGACACAUUCAAUCAUGACAAUGUAACACUGGUCGAUCUUCGACAAGAAUCGAUCAAUGAAAUAACACCGACUGGAAUUCGAAUUGGUGAUAGAAAAUAUGAAUUAGAUGACAUUGUGUUUGCCACAGGAUUUGAUGCAUUCAUAGGCGCUUUAUUCAAAAUUGAUAUUAGAGGUCGAGCAGGUAAAACUCUUCGAGAAAAAUGGGUUGGUGGACCAUCUACAUAUCUUGGUCUCAUGACGUCCGAUUUUCCAAAUCUAUUUAUAAUGACCGGUCUUGGUAAUCCAACAGUAUUUGCCAAUGCAGCUCUUUGUAUUGAACAAAAUGUUGAUUGGAUAGUCAAUUGUCUUGUCUAUCUUCGCACAAAUCAUCACGAAACGAUAGAACCGAACGCAGAAGCAGAGAACGACUGGGGUAAAUAUAUAAAUGCAGUGGCUAAUUUUACUCUCUUUUCCAAGGCUGACUCUUGGUUCAAUGGAGCGAAUAUUGAAGGCAAGCCGAAGGUUUUUAUGGCAUGUGCAUGUGGUGUUAGUAAUUAUCGAAAGAAGUGUCAAGACAUUGUAGUGAAUGGCUACCAAGAGAACAAUGCUCGAACAAAAUCGGUGGUCAUGGCAAUGAACACUAGUGAGUAUGCUCUUGAACAUCGUUGUAUUUGGUCAACAUGUAAUGUGACUGGUUAUCCAUCUACAUUUCUCGACUAUAAAUUGGAUUGCUGCACUUUACCAGUGCCACUGAAUUAUGCUCGACCGGAUCGACUCAUUACCAUUUCUAUGUCUCGUCUAAGUCCUCUUCGAUCAACAUCAGACAAUAAUACUUUAUUCAUUCUAAUGGGUGGGCCAGGUGGAUCAGGUUGGAGCCUGGUGGAAAAUGUUGCAUUACUUAUUCCAGCUCAAUUUGGGAUUACUCUAAUAUUACCCGAUCAUCGAGGUACAGGACUGUCAACAGUGUUAGGCUGUGAUGAUAAUCAUUUACAAACAAUCACCACAGACUGUAUUACUUAUUUGACAUCGAAAUGGACAAUCGAAGGAUUAAAUCAAUUUACGAUCACAGCAGCUGCACACGAUUUAUCAGUACAAAUGCAAGUUUAUCAAGCUGAUCAUCCUGGACGUAUUUCAAUUUACAGUGUCUCAUAUGGUACCUUAUGGUUAGAUCGUUUUCUACAGAUUUAUCCUACACUAAUUCAAUCGGCAAUUAUGGACGGUGUGAUCAAUCCUAUUUUGAUAUCUAUUAGUCGAUAUGAUUUGUUCGCAUCACAGGUUGGAUUACAAUUCCUAACCUAUUGUCAACUACAGCCUGAAUGUCACAGUUAUUUUCCAGUCGAUCAGCCACCUUAUGUCAUGCUCUAUCGCAUUUUAGCCGAAUUGGAUACAAAUAAGCAACAAUGUAUCAACAAGUAUUUCAAUGAAGAUAAACCAAAGUCCGAUUGGCUACGCAAUUUAUUUUUCAAUAUGAUUCAAUCAGGAGAUACUUAUAUGGAUCGUACUGUAAUUCCAGCCGUAAUAUUUCGUUUAAACCGUUGUAAUGUAGACGAUGUCAAUGUGUUAAAUUUCUUCUUUCGUUCAAGUUUCAGUAAGAUUAAUCAAAUGCAAACGAAACAGAAUGAUCCUGGAUUUCUAUUUUCUAAUGUUCUCAAUUACAAUAUUGUCCUAUCGGAGAUGUGGUUAGCACUAAAUGAAUCUGAAGUCGACAAAGAAACCAUUAUUGCUUGGUAUAAAUCGACUCUCAUGGCGCCAAACAAUGCCGAACAGUUGAUUUCAUUACGUGCUCAAUGGCCAAAAUAUCCAUUAGAUCAAUAUUAUUCGAAGGUAGCCUCGUAUACACCAUUGUUAAUGAUUUCAGGUCAAUUGGAUCCAUCGACAAUGUUCGAUCAAGCUUCUCAACUUGCAUCGAUUACAUCGAAAACACGAACAUUCUAUGCAAUUCCACUAGCUGGACACAUCACUGUGAAUAUUGCUCAAGUUGGUUAUUAUUGUCCAUUGCAUUUAGUAUGUGCGUGGGCGUUUCCAACUAUUUUUCCAUCGGAAUGGAAUGAUCCACAAUGUAUACGCUAUCUGCCAGCAACUCUUGAUUUCGUCGGUGCUACCACAUUAGGACAAAAAUAUUCAAUGAAACUCUUGAAUUCUGAACCAAAAGUUCAAAUUCUAUGUCGUCUCAUUCGACCUGAAACUGUUGUUCGACUUUCUCUUUCGAAUCUCAUCAAAGAAAAUACCAUCCAAUUGUUUUUAUCACUUGUCGAUAUAUACCAAUUUACUCGGCUUCGUUCGUUGACUCUUUCGAAUGUCUCUGACGAUGAUCUCGAUUCAAUAUUACAUUCGAACAUCACCAAUUCUCUCACAUCAUUAUCAAUUGACUCAUCAGUACUCGACAACAGUGAUACAUUAGCUCUCAUAUCAUCCAUUAUCGCACAAAAAGGUCUUCAUGAACUAAAUUUAUCGAUUGAUGCUUAUGGAAUAGAUCAGAUUUCGUGGCCUAAACAGUGUUGUACAUUACGAAAACUGGCGAUAAAGAGUUGUACCAGCGAACAGAUCUAUCUUAUUCUUCGACAAUUACCUAAUCUUCGUCACCUGAAACUUGAUCAUUUGGAUUGGUUCGAAAAUGAGAGAAGUAUUAUUUGUGAACCAUUUGAACAAUUGAUCUCACUGACCAUUGGUCAAACGAAAAUGCCAUUGAGUGAACUGGGGUACUUAAUUUCUCUAACACCAUCACUGGUUGAUCUGUACCUAAUAGAAUUGAAUGUUUCAGUCAAUGCGUACUACAUUACUCAAUGGGAGAAAUUGAUCUCAACACAAUUAACUCGACUUGAAAAAUUUGAAUUUCGAAUCAUCUGCGAUCAAUAUGACUCCGCUAAUAUUGAAUCAAUUAUUGCUCCUUUUCGAACACCAUUUUGGCUUGAACAAAAACGAUGGUAUGUUACUUGCAUAUACAUGCACAAUGGUCAAAGUUCGGCAAUCAUACUGCGCUUGCCAUCAAUUUCUCAAGAUUGUUACCCAUACUCAUAUUGGCACACGGUUAUUUAUUGCUCUACUUCGACUAAAACAAACGACGAGACAGUAAAAAACAGACCUGCAUGGAGUACUCGUUUACAUGUGGCAUCAAUGAUGUAUAUUAACUCUCUAAGACAAGUAUGUAGCAUUGAGAACCCAAUAUUUUUGUUUUGAAAAACAAAACUGUCGUCUUUCUAUAACGAAGUUAAAAAAGGGGUCACGUUGAUAUAUUUUCUCACCGGUUAUUAAUUGCAAAACUAUAACUUAUUAGAAAAUGAAAGAAAUGUGAGUAUUUUUCGAACAACAUUCUAUAGGAAUAAGAUAGACAAUUGCGAUUUUCAUCGUUAGCGAAAUUCACGAAUUAUAGGCAUCUUGCUUUGAGUUUCUAUCUAAUUCUUCAAGAAAAAUAAGCAAAACAAUUGACUUUCUUGCUAUAUUUUCCUAAAAAUUCAUCUUAUCGACUUGCCUGAAAUUUCAAUUAGCUUUUCAAGACAUUUGAAACGAAGUCUUUGACUAAAAUGAGACUAAAUCUACCCGAUGUAGUUCAAUACAUCUUUGUUGUUGUUUUUUUCUAUCGAUGAAAGUUACAAUUCUCUAUCUUGUUCCUAUCAAAGUUUAUUCGAAAAAUAUCCAUCCUUAUUCUAUUUUGAAAUGAGCACUAGUCAGAGAAUCUCUCAAGAUCUUUAAUCGUUACUGAACACAAAACUCCACACUGAUAUAUUAUCGGAAGUAAAACACUUCAAAAUUUUCACAAUUAUCAAUUUAUAGAAAGAUGAAUUUCAAAAGAAAAGUUUUUUGACUAAGAUGAAAGAAUCGCUGUAAAUUCAUUUCGAAACAGAAUAAAUUGUAUUUCUAUUGUCAUUUUCAGCUUGAAGCGUUCAAGGGAGAUAUCAUCAAGUAUACAAACCGACUUACACUUGACCUCGAUCGGAUGUGCUCUGGUCACUCACUUCUACAACUUUCUAAUUUGAUUGACUUCACUCAUAUCAAGGAAAUCUGGUUUGUCAUAAGUUCUGAUUACAAGUUGAGUUCGAUGGUAGUGAAUAGUUUUCUCACAAAGACAUGGAAUGUUCACUCUGUUGGAGUAUCGCUUUUGGCCAAUACGAAAACAACUGUGGAAGAUAUUUGUUGCAUGUUAACUCAUCGAAUCAAACAUCUAAAAGUGAGAACAUAUAAUCUUGAGUACAUUAAAGGUAUUCUGGACCAACUCCGAUGGUUACCAUGCUUCACAUUUAUUCGUCCUAUUGGUUCGUCUAAUUUAUGGUCAGAGGUUAUUGCAUGGCUCAAAAGCACAAGGAAAGAUUUUAUAUUUGAAGAAAAUUAUGAUUCUCUCUGGAUACAAUUCAAUAGAAAGAGUACUCGUUGAUAAUCAAUAAGAUUGCUGUGUCAUUGAAUCGGAAAAGAAGUAAAAUCAAAUAGUCAUUAAUUAUAUCGUCACAACAUUCGUAUAUGCAUUCGACAACUGUUCUCAGACAAACAAAACUUUCAUCUAUUUCGUAUGAAUAGAAAAGAUGUAUAACAAAGAAAUUUAGAAUAUUCUGAUGACAUUUACUAGACUAUAGACGUACUUAUGUUACUCGAUCAUUCUAUUUUAUCAAAUAUAAUCAAGACACUUUUACAUAAUGAAAACCAAUGUUUUACGCUGUACACACUAACAAUCAAGAAAAAUGUCAAUAUUGUCAGAUACCGUACUUUUGGAUAAUAUAUUUUACAGAAAUGAAUGCCAUUUCUAUUAUUUUUUAUGUUUUUCUUAUAAAAAAAUCUAGAAAAUUUUUCUUUUUCAUUGGAAAAUGUCAUUCGAUAAUUAUGUCAUAGAAUAGUAUCAUUAUUCAAGAGACAAAAUUAGAAUGCUUCGAUCGAUCCUCUAUGGAUGAUGUUGUUCGUUGACACGAUUGAAAUUUCGUUAGCAUAUUGAACCAAAUUCAAAAUGAACAUAGAUUUAGACAUGAUGUGAAAAUAAAUGAGUUGAAACACGUGUACAACAGAUAGAAAACACGAUAAAAGUUCAUCGUAGUAAGAUAUACGGAAUCAACUGAGUAGUAUUUCUUUGAAUAAUGAUCCUGAGUUCCUCUAUCUACAAACACUAUUGAAUAGAAUGUAAUACAGUCUAAAUUUUUUUGACAUCGAUACAUGAAGAAAUACCAUAUCGAAGAAUGCGUUUUACUUGAUUAUAGUCAUACCGAUAAAUAUCAAUGAAGAAUUGAAUGCCAUUGUAUCAUCAACAACGAUUCAGGUACAUUGGAUUCAUCCAACUUUUCAUUUUAAUCAUCUAUUGAGUGAUAUGUGGGAAUGAUCAACGCAGACUUUGUUGGUGAAGAAACAUACCGUAUGCUGUAUUUCUGACUGCUAUCAGUCGUCCAAGUUACAGUUCAACAAUGGUGAGCUAGACAAUUAAGAUUCGUACAUUUAUAAUGAAGUUCUAGAUAAGAACGACAUUGUAACUCUGGAUUAUUCAAUUGAACACAGUGUUGUAAGCAAUUAAAAUGAUAUGGAUAUAACUUAGCAUCAUAUUUUCUCUAAUGAAGUUUGUGUUGCUCUAACAGAACAAUCUCUUUUGCUUACAGAGAUGCCACUCAAUCCAAAACCAUAUAAAGAAAAAAAUCAUAUAGAUUCUCUUUUCGAGCGAUUUAACACAGUACGUGUCUCAUUUGAAUUUUAUUCCAUCAUCAUUUGACUUCUCUUUCAUAGCCGUGUACAACAUAAUCAUUCAAACAGUUCUUUUACUUUAUGUCAGUAGUUAAAUAACCAGUGUUCUGUUCGAUAGUGAUGAUGGACAUAAGUACAAGUCUUCUCUUUGCUCAUACUGAUCGAUAUCCAUCGGGGCAAAGGAUCGAACGAUGGUAUUUUCUCGAACAUUGUCUCAAUAAUAAUACUUA